GAAAGUAGAAAGUUAAGUAGAUAAUGGAGUAGAGACAGGAUGAAGAUAAGAGAGGGGCGAAGAGGGAGUGAUGGGCAGAGAAAGUAAGAGAGAAGAAAAAAGUUACUGUGUGACGUGAGAGGAGUAGGUAUUUAUAGAGAAAUAUAAAUUCCGAAACCCCGGAACCAGAUUUAGUUGGGUGAUCGUGUUGAUAUCGUGUUGAUCUUUUGUGAACCAAAACAUUCAAAUAUGACUCGGAUAGCUCAGGAAGAAGACAAAAAAGUAGAUUCUGUGGAAGUUGUUUACCAUAAAAAGAUUACUGAAAUAGAACAUGAGCCACUGGCCGCGAAAGGGACUCAAGUUAUCGUAGAAAGGCGCCCCAAUUUGUGUUUUAGAUACGUCUCAUUUGCUUUGAUCAUAAUUGCAGUGGUAAUUGCAGUAACUGGUCUAAUUCAGGUGAACCUUCAGCCUAAGCCUGUGCUGCCACCUCGUCCACAAUCUCACCAUGCCUUCUUCCACCUGAAAACAGAGGGUUACACCGAGAUGGAAAAAGUAACUAAUUUGCACUGGGAGAAAAACAAAGACCAGAAUGUGGGCAACAUUCAGUUGGUUGACGGAACUUACAUAUAUAUUCCACAGGAUGGGAUUUACGAAAUAAACUGUGCCAUACAGUUGUACAUCCCAAGAGAUACUCCCUCAAGGGUUGUAACCCUGAUGUUUCAGAAAAAGAAUGGAACAAAAUAUGAAUAUAUGAAAGAAAGUUCAAGCUCCUUAGAAGAUUUACCAGAACAUGUUGUCAUACAAUCAUCAUUUACAUACUAUUUGAAAACAAAUGAUACAAUGUUUUUGAAGAUGAACAUGGCAAAAUACGUCAGUCCCAAUAAACCCUCAAGCUAUUUAGCAAUCACCAGCUUACACUAAAAUACUCAUCAAUAAAAUGUUUGUGUUGUGAUUCGGGGCUUAGAUCAAGUGUUUUCUUUAAAAGUUCUUUUUGACCUUAAAACAUCUU